AUGGUUGCUGCACAAUACCCUGUUCGUCCAGUCCUUCGUCACAAUGAGGAGGAAAUCACCGGGUAUGUCGACCCUUGGGUUGUAUCUCCUGGCGAUGUUGCCAACGUCAAGAUAUCUUCAACAAGCCCAAAGCUCAAGUAUCAGCUGGUCCGUCUCCUGCAAGGCCUUGACGUACCCCAUGCUCCCGCACCUGCCAAAGAAGUUGUGGAGCAUGGCCCCAAGGGAGAGCUCAAAGGUCGUUUUCAGGCGUCGCACCCGGGAUCCUAUGGCCUAGUCGAAGCCUGGACAAGAGAGCCGCUCCUGGAUAAGUCCGAGGCUGUUCAGAUUGAGUUCUACGCUCAGCCCUGGAUGUUACACGGGCCUCAUCCUCAAGCCAUCCUCUCCAACCUCGACACAACGAAAAAGGCAGGCAUCUGCGUGCUUCUAGACAAAGAAGACAACCUCGUUCUCUGGAUUGGUACGGGAAAGGCUGUUGAGACCAAGAAGAUCGCAUCUGCUGCUCGUCGUGAGCGUUGGUUCCACGUCCAUCUCACCAUCCGGGGUAAGGAGCUCCAGCUGGAGAUAUCUCACCUCAAAGCCGGAAACGAGAUUGCUCCAGGCCCAACUACUAUCCACACGGCCCUGGGGGAUGCUGCACAACUAGACUCUGGAAGCCCCCUUUACUUUGCCGCAACCUUGGCGGCCAACCCCCUAUCGCCGUCUGAGUUCCCAGUUCACUUCUUCAACGGAAGAAUUGACUCUCCUACCUUCCGUGCCCUGGGAAAGAAGUCAUGGGACAUCGCCAAGUAUGACUUCUCUGUGGGCAUCGAUACUGAUGAGAUCUUCGACGUCUCUGGAUCUGGACUCAGCGGUAUCCUUGUUAACGCUCCCACACGCGCUGUCCGUGGUCAUGACUACGACCAUAAGCUCAUCGGCAUUGGUUGGAAAGAGGCAAGGUAUGGCUUUGGUGCGAUUCACUUCCAUGAAGACGAUCUGGAUGACGCUGCUUGGGAUACCGAUUUCCAGUUCACUGUCCCAUCUGAUCUUCGCUCUGGCGCCUAUGCUAUUGAAGUAGAAGACACCGAGUCAGACUUGAAAGAUGCCAUCGUCUUUUUCGUCCGGCCCAAGGAGGUUCGCCCACAAGCUAAGAUUGCCUUUGUCUUUUCUACCUUUACCUACCUCGCGUAUGCCAAUGAACACAUGUAUGACGAGAGCAAGCCCACCCGCAUCUCGUUCCCAGAGGGUAUCCAACUCGUAACGUCAGAUAACUACCACAAGAUGGUCAGACGCCAUGAUCUUGGCCUCUCCAUCUAUGACAUACACAGUGACGGCUCCGGUGUUGUGUAUAGUACGACGAAGCGUCCCAUUCUCAACGUCCGCCCAGAUUAUAUCCACUGGGGCUUCCAGCGACCCCGAGAGUUCUCUGCCGAUCUUCUGAUGGUCGGUUUCUUGGAGAAGCUCUUUGGUGAUGGAUAUGAUAUUCUCACGGAUCAUGAUCUUCAUCUCCGAGGUCGUGCUGCACUGGCUCAGUACGACGUAGUCAUUUCCGGUUCUCAUCCAGAGUAUCCUUCCUUUGAAGCCCUUGACGCUUACGAGGGCCACGUCCAGAAUGGUGGUUCUCUUAUCUAUGCGGGUGGAAAUGGUUUCUACUGGAAAUCCGUGACCGACCCGAAGCGCCCACAUCGAAUGGAAGUCCGUCGAGCUGAUGUCGGAGCCCGAACUCAUCAGAAUCCUGCCGGUGAGCGUCACCAUGCUCUCAACGGAGAGCUUGGAGGUCUCUGGAGAUCUCUUGGCCGUUCUCCCAAUGAACUCUGGGGUAUUGGAAGUUGCGCUUCCGGCAAGGGUCCCGGACGACCCUUCAUCCCCACCGAAGAGGCUCUGAACAACCCCUCUCUUGCCUGGCUCUGGAAGGGACUCAACGAAGAGUCAAAGAAGCUUCUGGGUACCAAGGGACUGGCUGGAGGUGCCAGCGGUGAUGAGCUUGACCGCUUGGACUUUGCAAUCGGAAGUCCCGAGAAUGCCAUCCUGCUUGCACGAAGCGAGCGUCACGACGACCACUUCAUGCUUUUCAACGAAGAGCUCAUCUUCCCCAUGAUUGGCACUCUUGGAUCUACCUCCCCUCUUGUCAGGAGCGACAUGGUGUACUACGAGACCAACGGAGGCGGCUCUGUCUUUAGCGUGGGCAGCAUCAACUGGAACAACUCGUUGGCAUGGGAUGGGUAUCAGAAUGAUGUUGCGCAGAUUACUGAGAAUGUGAUUCGGGAGUUUUUGGCUCGUGGAAAGAAGAGCAACUAA